AUGACUCUAUUUUCGAGAGUCCUGCCCCGCAGGUCAAUCGGUCGAGGUUGCUCAACUACGCUUCUCUCAGGGCGUCGGAACCUCUCUGCUCGAGACAGGCUCUUCCGUGUGUCGGAAGAAGUCCAAGAUGCUCUCGCAACCGGCAAGCCAGUUGUUGCCUUGGAGACAACAAUAUAUACGCACGGCUUCCCCUAUCCCGAGAACGUCGCCCUCUCUUCGCACCUUGAGUCACUGGUCCGUGUCAAUGGCGGUGUCCCUGCAACCAUUGGAAUAUUGAACGGCAAAGCACUUGUUGGCAUGUCCCCGGAAGAAAUAAUACAACUUGUCUCCACUACUGGCGAUGAUAAUACUUGGAAAAUAUCGAGGAGAGAUUUGGGCUUCAUCGGUGGGCUGGGGCUGAGAGGGCAGAAACUUCACGGCGGGACUACCAUCGCCGGGACAAUGAUCCUCGCUCACUUGGCCGGCAUAAAGAUAUUUGCAACCGGCGGCCUGGGAGGAGUCCACCGAGGAGGAGAAAAUUCCUUGGACAUCUCUGCAGACUUGACCGAGUUGGGGCGAACACCUGUCACUCUCAUCAGCUCCGGGUGCAAGAGCUUCCUUGAUAUUCCCCGUACUUUGGAAUAUUUGGAAACGCAGGGUGUUGGCGUCGGGACCUUCGCUGACGGCAGAGCGGGAAGUGUCGAUUUCCCGGCUUUCUUCUCACGAGACAGUGGCGUGCCUAGUCCUAAAGUCAUUUUGGAUGAAGCUGAUGCUGCGGCCAUUGUCUACGCUCAAUCGCAGUUUCCGAUCCACUCUGGACUACUUUUCGCCAAUCCCGUUCCCGAGCACUCCUCAAUCCCAAGGGACGAGCUUGAUUCAAUCAUAAACCAAGCCGUUGCCGAGGCCGAUGAGAAAGGUAUCGGCGGAAAUGCAAAUACCCCCUACAUCUUGAGACGAAUUCGGGAAUUGAGCGACGGCGCCAGUGUGGAAGCUAACAGGGCUUUGAUCUGUGCCAACGUGAUACGCGGCACCAAGGUUGCGGUGGAACUGGCAAAGCUCGAACGACGAGAUGGUGCAGCUCCGCAGCGAAGUCAUACCAAUAUCACACCUAUCGCCAAACUUGAAGAGCCUGUCAGCUGCAGGGCAAUCGACGAGGGCGUCCCGGACAACGAAUGGGUCCCUCAACCAGUAGAGAUAUUGGUUGCUGGAUCGCUGGCAAGUGACACGAUCUGCGAUUACGCACCGUUUGAGGGCACUUCCUCUCCCAUAUCACCAGCGUUGCACACCUCAAAUCCCUCCAGCAUUUCUCAGUCUGCAGGCGGCGUUGGGCGGAAUGUGGCAAUGGCUGCCCACCUUGCCGGUGCGAGCGUCACUUUGGCGAGCGUAGUAGCAGAUGAUCUUGCCGGAUCGUCGCUACUCGAUCACGUCCAGAAGAGCGGUCUUUCCACAGCAAGCAUCUUCCGACUUCCCAGCGAGGGCGGUGCCAGAACCGCACAGUACAUUGCCGUAAAUGACAGAAACAAAGAUCUGGUCGUUGCAAUGGCAGACAUGUCAAUCUUGUCUCGCCGAGAGCUGGAAGACCUCACAUAUUGGACGGAGCAGAUAAAGCAACACAGGCCAAAAUGGGUUGUUGUGGACGGCAAUUGGUCUCCAGCAAUUCUUUCAUCCAUAAUCACUGCUGCAAAGGCUCAUCAGGCCAUGAUAGCUUUCGAGCCUGUAUCAACGGCAAAGGCUGCCCGCCUUUUCCACAAACCCGGCUCAGUGGUCUCCAGUACGAUGGUUGUGCCCGAUCAUGUUGUUAACCUCGCUUCCCCAAAUAGCUUCGAGUUGACGGCUAUUUACAAUGCAGCAAGAGAAGCGAUGAUGUUUGAAUCAGAGCAAUGGUGGAGCGUCAUCAACAGUUUGGCUCUCUCGGGCGCCAGUUCACGGGAUCGGCUAACUUCGGUGGCGGGUCACGAAUUGGUCGAGGAAGGUAUCCCACAACAGUGCAUUCAGCUUCUUCCCUUCAUUCCAAACCUGGUGACGAAGCUCGGGCGCCAAGGAUGUUUGCUGGCGAGCUUGCUUAGACGGACGGACCCCAGGCUGACAAGUCCGGAGUACGCCCCGUACAUUAUUUCCAGGAAUCUGUCUCAUGAUCUGGAGAUUGGAGGUGUGUAUAUGCGCCUGAUUCCACCAUCCGUCGAAGUUGAUCAGUCGGAGAUCGUCUCGGUCAAUGGAAUUGGCGACACAAUGCUGGGUGUCAUUGUGGCCGGCCUUGUAAAGGGACAUGUGCUCGAAGAGGUUGUGCCAAUUGCCCAAGAUGCAGCGGUGCUCACAUUAAAAUCUACAGAGGCAGUGUCGCCAGCCGUGCAAUGCAUCAAAGCAAGGCUCUCGGGCGAAUGA